AUGUCCCCAGUAACAACGCAAUCACAACGACCACGGAGUCAAUCUCCAUACAAUAAGCCUCAUCCAACUCAGACCACCGUUAUCUAUGCCGACCUCGACAACUCGCACGAAAAAGUCAUUGUACAACUAACAGACGGUGCUCAAAUAGACUUUCCUGUCCCUUCUGCACAAGACAUACGCGACCGGUUUUUUUAUCGAAAAGCCAAAUCAUCGGAAAAACCGGCUCGCCCACCAAACAAAUUCUUCAUCUUCCGCACAAUGCUACAGGGUAGCAUCGACGCCUUAAAAUUACAAGUUCCAAUUGUCUCUGGACUGGCCAGUGAGGUAUGGAAAAAAAGUAGUGAUGAUGUGAAGGAAUUGUUCACAAAGUUGGCCGCCAGAGCCAAGGCCGAGCAUAGUGAAAUAAAUCCUGGAUACGUAUACAAACCAUUUCGGAGAAACAGCAACGAGAGCGCUGAUACUAAGGGAAAGUCAGAAGACGUUCAUGACGAAAACAUUGAACGAACAAAAGCUGAAACGAUAGAAACCGCCGAAUCAGCGCCGUCGAGUCCGUCUACUCUUACCCCCCCUACUACCUUUCAAUCUAUUCCACUGACAUGUCCAAGCGAUGGGUUCUAUGUGCGCCUGCCUGAUGACAUCCACAAGGAUCCAUACGCUUUUGACGAACAAUUUGGGGGCUCACAUAUUUAUCUCAGUGGAUGUAUGAACACUUAUAGAUACAAUGAUUAUUAUAAUGACACCGGCAAUUGUUCGGACUCACCUCCCCCAGUUGAAGAUACUGCUCUAUAUUCGGUCGGAUACGAUUAUCCUCCUCCGGCGACGUUUGAUGUUAAACGUUUGGCUGCUGCUACCAUCAAUAAUGGAAACGCAAUCGCUUGCGAGAUGAAUAACAAAUUCAGCAGCACGCAACCACUCGUGUAUCAAUCAUUCGAUAUUUCCUCUGGCUGCUAUCCGUAUUCUUACAACAACUACAACAUGCCAGAUUAUCCAUCGAACAUACCACCUGACGCUUCGCUGUCUUUCGCGGCCAUCUCAUCCUCGGUAUUUUAUCUCAACACAGUCCCGCCGUCAUCUCUCUCUCCGACGUCCUCCAUCCCAUACAGCGACUCGGCCUCGAUGUGUUAUAGUGCGUCUGAUAAGGUUGAUGAGGAGACCAGUGAAUAA